ACUAAGCCCUUGGCCAAUGCGCCGCUAUUUCGUCCGGGACAAGACAAACAUUCCACCGGGAGAUCAUGAUUCAUGACCCCAGACAGGACCAGUCAAUUUACACGCAGGAUUUUGACUUUGGCUGGGUACAGUGGAGCCGAGCAAAUGCAGACGAAUCCUGAACUCACUCUAAAGCUUGUACCUGGAGCAGACACUGCUGCAGAUCAGACCAAUCUGUUGUUAUGGGUUCGAUUCAAAAGUGCAAAGUAGAAAUGGAUCGGUUGUGCUCAAGCUCGCUCGUGCCAGGUGGUAUCCGGUGGAAGUUGAAUUCGAGGAGGUCAGCAGUGUGAGAAAAAGGGAUUUUGGUUCCACUUAUGGCUGAGGGCAGUCAGGCGUUUGUCGCCAUCGGUUAGACUCGUGGAUGAAGCAAGUAAGACUGGACAGUACAUGGUAUGCAGCAGCCGCGAUUACCAAUGUGAAUCCAGAACAGAAUGUUCCCCUUCCAAGACUGGGCUAAAGUGAGAGAAAGUUUGACGGAGUCUGGAGCAAUCUCUUUUGCCAUCACUGCUCUGCUCGGUCGUCCUCACGAGAUCGAUAAUGGCACACUGUACUAGGCUCUGAUCUGUUGCGUUGCAAUCCGAUCAGUGGUGGACCUGACCGCAACUCCCGUUCCAAUCCGGUAUAUCUCGUGCUGGUUCUUUCCAUGAUAUUGUAGCACACUUCUGAAACUAAUAUGCCGCGAUUUCCCGCCCAGAUACAAAUUGGGCCACUGCUCUUCGCAUAUCUCCAAAAGCUCCUCGAUUUCAUUCACACUCGGUGCUCUGCAGCUAUUCGCGGUCUCUGAGCCAUACAAUCAUUUACUCGGAGCAACACUGACCUUGUUCUGAAGGUGAACGAUCGGACAUGGAGUCAACGAGCCGGUCCGAAAGAGGUCGACGUCGGAUUUUACUUCGGUGGGCUAAGCCUGUGCUUCGAGUUUAAUGAUUAUCUGGAGCAUGCAACAACCUCAAAGCUGCCCAUGGGCUCGCAGUAUAUGAUCCAUCUGCUGUAGCAGUUACUGCACGAUUUGCACUAACUUCCACAUUCGUUCCCUUGAUAUCUGAGGGUGGGUGCUGAGCAACGCCAGCCCUGUCUGUUGAGAAGGAAGAUAGACAGGCAGAGAGAUAGAUUGUUGUGCUGGAGAUUUGGCUGCCUGAGGAGGACGGAGAUGAAAUGAGACAAGAUUCUUUUCGCUGCUAAGCCGUGGACGAGUAUGUUAUAGGUGCAACCGAUUCUAUAUUCGGUACGACCCUUCCUUCGUCACUUCUUCACGGUGACCCAUUAUUCCGUUACCGGCUCGGUGGAAGAACGAUAGUAGACUUCCACAUGGAAGGCGUGCAUGGUCGAGCAGUUCUGAAGUAAAGGGCUUCUCAGGCUUCAUCGUUUUCACGAAAAAGCGUGAUAACGUACAAGGUGAGGGGUCCCAGUCUCAUUGCAGUCAUUCGACGAGCGUAAGCCCAAUCGAUUUCUGUAAUGGCUUGGGCAGAGCCAUGGAAAGUGGUACUCGGGUGUGUGGCGUUCACAAUUUGGUGGAUCCUCGCAGUGUUCCCCGCGGUGCCAUGGCUACCCAUCGGGAGGACUGCCGGAUCGCUUCUGGGAGCCGUGCUGAUGGUGGUCUGCCAAAUUGUGUCGCCGGACGAGGCCUUCAAGGCCAUCGAUCUUCCCAUCUUGGCUUUGCUGUUCGGGACCAUGGUGCUCAGCGUGUACCUGGAGAGGGCCAACCUGUUCAAAUACUUGGGCAACGUGCUCGCGUGGAAGAGCCGCGGGGGCAAGGACCUUCUGUGCCGAGUGUGCAUCCUCUCGGGUCUGUGCAGCGCCUUCUUCACCAACGAUACGACCUGCGUCGUGCUGACGGACUUCGUGCUCAAAAUGUGCAAGAAGCAAAAGCUCCCAAUGCUGCCGUUUCUCAUGGCGCUGGCGUCCAGUGCCAACAUCGGCUCCGCGGCCACGGCCAUCGGGAACCCGCAGAACCUCGUGAUUGCGGUUCAGAGCGGAAUCAGCUUCGGAAAAUUCAUGAGGGGAAUCCUCCCCGCGGUCGUGGUCGGGAUUGCGGCCAACAUCGUCCUUCUGCUCCUGUUCUACUGGAAAAGCCUGUCCGCGCCGCAGCCCGACGUCGAAGAGGGCAACGGGCCGGGCGCGGAUCAUUCACUCGGCGAAGACAAGAGCGUCAAGGAGCUCUCGUCUGUCGCUCCUCUGGAGACAUUGUCUGAGAAUCGCCCAGAGCCCUCGGCCCGUGCAUCAUUCGAGGCCGCAGGCGCGGAGGUCCGCGGCCCUCACGUGCUCGGGCACGCCUCUCCGAACGCUGGCCGCGAACUUCAUGAGAGGAGGCACGGCCUGCAAGCGCCGAGUCUGGCAGAAUCUCCUGAGCCUCCACCGGCAGCUCUGGAGAUCGCGACUGGCAUGACUGGAGUGACAGCUCGAGAAGCUGUCAGCCUCCGGAACCCCAAGAGCUUACUGUCUCGCCGUGUGCGCACGCGGUUGUGGACCUCGUCCGUGUAUUUGGUCACGGUGGGAUUCCUCGCUGCGCUUCUGGCCGGAUUGAACCUUUCAUGGUGUGCCGUGACGGCGGCCGUGGUGCUCAUGAUCCUCGACUUCUCCGACGCCGGGCCUAGCUUGGAAAAGGUGUCCUACUCGCUGCUGAUAUUCUUCUCCGGCAUGUUCAUAGCUGUGGAGGGAUUCAAUAACACGGGCGCCCCCGGAGCGCUGUGGGACGCCGUGGAGCCGCACUCGCGCAUCGAGAAUGUGAAGGGGCUGACCAUCCUAGCUCUCGUUGUCAUCCUUCUUUCGAACGUUGCCUCCAACGUACCGACAGUGCUGCUGCUGGGGGCGAGGGUGGCGGCAUCGGCUGCGAGCGCUAAUCCAGCCAACGUCACGAAAGCCUGGCUGAUCUUAGCUUGGGUGAGCACGGUGGCUGGAAACUUGACUCUGCUGGGUUCAGCUGCCAAUCUCAUCGUCAGCGAGCAAGCGCGAACAGCCGACAACGCGUUUAAUUUCUCAUUUUUGAAACAUUUGCCCUUCGGACUACCGUCCACUCUCAUAGUAGUGGCUGUCGGUCUUCCUUUAGUCCGAGGAGGGUAGUGGGUCUACAGGCCACUGAAGAUCGUGAAUCCGUGUUUUCCUGUCUAAUCCGUGUUUAGAAGAUUACGGCAUCCUACCACUUCUUUCUUCGGUUGCGGAGGAUGGACUAAAACGAAGCGACAAUUGUGUCGACUGUGGGGCUGUAUCCGUCGCCGCUGAGCUGCCGGGAAAGUUGACUCUAUGUGCAUUGUGCAUGCAAACGCACCCGCAGGUUUUCUCCGAUGGCGUCCGUAUGUCGACGGUCAGAUCUGCAACGCGAUGAAUGUAGUGAGGACAGAUGCUAUAGAAACUUGUCAUCGGUGGCCCCGGGAUAAGCGUUCUUUACAACCGCAAGUCAACUCUCGGCACCCGCUUUGGCAACAAGUGGGUUACAUGCAAGUGGGCACGUACGGCACUAUUCAGUAACUACCACGUUCUCUACGGGACCCCAUGAAGGGCAGAGGGCGAUUGUUGCUUUCGUCUUUUCAUCCGUCAUUUACCCGGUCUACACUCGUUAUGCGAGAAUGGAUCUUUAGCUCCAGUAGCGGACAGUGGCUAAAUUAGCUUAUGAGAAGCUAGUCAUUUUUGUUUGCGACCUUCUUUCGUAACGGACACAGUAGUGUUAUUAACAUAGCCUAGAGGAUUGCGAGUGUAUUAAAUUGAUGUACAACGUACAAGUAGUUUGGAGCAUUGCCAAAAAUAAAUCAUAUACAUGGUGCUAUCGUAGUACAAAUAUCGUGUAUGUUGAUAGGUGUCUCACUUGGAUCCGACUUGAAAUCGAGACCAUGG